UGUAAAGAGGGAGGCUUUCCUCACGACCUGUGGCUGGGUGUGAGUGCAGAGAACGUGUCGGUCUACAAGAGAGGAGAGCCCAAACCUCUAGAGACGUUCCCCUACGAACACAUCAUCUUCUUCGGAGCUCCCCAGGCCACUACCUAUAAAAUCACAGUGGACGACAGAGAGAUGUUCUUUGAGACACCUCUGGUUGGAGAGAUCACCAAGAUCAUGAAAGCCUACAUCAACAUGAUAGUGAAGAAGAGAUGCAGUGUCAGAUCUGUGUCCAGCUACGGAACCAACUGGAUCAGGUGAUUGGGGACAGGACAGGACACAGCCCAGCUGGCUUCCCACUGCCACAGGCUAACAGGACAGGACACAGCCCAUUUGACUUCCCACCGCUCCAGGCUAACAGGACAGGACACAGCCCAGCUGGCUUCCCACUGCCACAGGCUAACAGGACAGGACACAGCCCAUUUGACUUCCCACCGCCCCAGGCUAACAGGCUAAAAGGCUGACAGGACAGGACACAGCCCAUUUGACUUCCCACCGACCCAGGCUAACACGCUAAAAGGCUCACAGGACAGGACACAGCCCAGUUGACUUCCCAUCGUCUCAAGCUAACAGGCUAAAAGGCUGACAGGACAGGACACAGUCCAGUUGGCUUCCCAUCGCCCCAGACUGACAGCCUAAAAGGCUAACACUACAAGGCUAAAAUUCUAUGAAGACAAGUGGGACUGUUCUCCUCAACCCAGAUGUCUGGAUAACUGAAAGCUGUUAAUCAGCUACUCAAUAACUUGUUCACCUCCAUUGACAACAAGGAAUCUCGUCUAGAAGAUUCUAAGAACCGUAGAACCGUAGUGUGUCUCUCAUUGCAUAUAUAUGUGGUAAAGAGGUCAAUGGAACUCGACCAAAACAAUGGAAAUGCCAUGGAAACGUGUGGGGGAGGGAUCCCGAUUCUCCUCAUUGCCCCCCAGCAACAUUAGCCUACAUUUAGGCUAUUGUUUCACACUGUGUUGAGGUAGAAAUCGAAGUAUAAUGCUUGUAUUGAUGUCAACCCCAAUACAUGUUAAUUUCAUCGUCACCAAUCAACUGCGUUAAAGUUGAAAACGACUUUAGCGACCACUACCAAUGUCUGUAUGCUAGCUACGCUACCAGCUUAUACGAAUGGGAGUUAGCAUUUAGCAGUCACUUCUUCUAAAUCUGAAAAGGGACAACUUCUACAUGUUAUGCAGUGAAAACAGCCAAAUGUAUCCAAAUCGGAUUUAAAUGACCACAUUUUGAGCCUAUUGCAAUACAUCAAUUAUGACGGAUUUGACAAAUAUUCACUUUGUUAGAUCAGUGCACCAAUCCAGCGUCGUCCUUCAAUCCCCCCCCCCC